AUGAUAGCUGUCAACGUGGCAAUCGUCGAAACGGCGAUUCCGAAGAAUGCAACCUUUCGGAGAGACUCUGUCUCCUGUGCGAUCUGCUUUGGAUCCUCCGACAUCCUUAAGGAGAAAACAUUAAUGAAGAAUAGUGUUCAAAAUCUUCCGGCUUGUCCUGGUUGUCCUGGUGCUCCGGCUGGUCCUGGUGGUCCUGGUGGUCCAGCUGGUCCUGGGGUGCCAGGAACAUCGACGACUUGUCCUGGGGCUCCUGGAGCUCCGGCGUUUCCGUUGGAUCCUGGUUGUCCGGCUGGUCCUGGUGGUCCGGCUGGUCCUGGUGGUCCUGGAAGAGCGGCUCCUCCGGAUUGUCCUGGGGCUCCUGGAGCUCCUGAUGGUCCCUUUUGUCCUGGAGCUCCGGCUGGUCCUGGUGGUCCGGCUGGGCAGUCGAAGCAGAAGCUGUCUGGUCCAGCGACGGCGUCUUCUGAAGCGUCUUGUCCUGGGUUUCCUGGGGCUCCUGGUGCUCCAUCGUUUCCUGGGGCUCCGUCUUGUCCUGGUGCUCCAGCUGGUCCAGCAGCUCCAACUCCGCAAGAGCAGCAUGAUCCUCCGGCAGAUCCUCCGAAUCCUCCGACAGCGGCGUCGUUUCCGUAG